AUGUCUUAUGCGCAGCAUCUCGAGAACCAGGCUUUCCUGGGAACUCUAAUCUAUCCUUUCGUGAUACUGGUGCUUGCCGUUUUCCAUAUGGCGAUUAGCGACCAGUAUUUAGACAAUCUGCCAAAGGAUGAAAAUCCCACCUCAGGAGAAACGGGCACAAAGGAUGCCAGCAAGCUCGAGUCCGAAACUCAACCAGACAACGAGCCUGUACUCGUUACUGUGCUAGACAGCCACGAGAAAAUUCCUUCUCAAGAGCCAACUCAGGCCAAGAAGGAGGAUGGAGUUGUGAAGCAGGAUGCACCUACUCGCGAUGUCGGCCACAGAAACGAAGCCGCGAAACAGACGACCAAAUAUCCACCAGUGCUGAUCGGAGGUAUCGUCAUCCAGACAUUACAACUUUACUUCUUUUAUCAAAUCAGCAGCAUUGCAACGGGUCUUGUACAGGCAACAAAUAAGCUAGCCUACAAAGUAAUGUGUGGCGGAAUUGGCUUGGGUUUCAGUACGUGCUUUUUUAUGAUGUCCGCGGGCAGACUCAUGUCAGUCUACGCUUCGGCACAAGCAGGGCGCCGCGCUGAGCUUGACGGGAAAUGGCCAGGAGGUUUCUACGGGAUCUUCUCUGCGAUCUCAGCAAUAGUGAUUGUGUAUUCGUGGGGAAAACUUGCUUGGGCAUAA